AAGUAUAACGACAAUGGCGCCCACACUGUGCUUCAACUGCCAAACCUCCCGCGCCGUAAUAAUCCGCCCCAAAAACCGCCACAAACUCUGCAAAUCCUGCUUCAUCUCAAUCUUCGAAUCCGAAAUCCACGAAACCAUCAUCUCGACCUCGCUGUUCAAGCGCGGGGAACGAAUCGCCAUCGGCGCCAGUGGCGGGAAAGAUAGUACCGUAUUAGCCUCUGUGCUCAAGACACUCAAUGUACGAUAUGACUAUGGACUGGAUUUGGUGCUGUUGUCUAUCGAUGAAGGGAUUAAGGGGUAUCGGGAUGAUAGUUUAGAGACUGUUAAGCGGAACGCGAAGCAGUACGAUAUGCCGCUUGAGAUUGUCGGGUAUGAUGAGUUGUAUGGUUGGACGAUGGAUCAAGUGGUUGCGCAAGUCGGGAAGAAAGGGAAUUGUACAUAUUGCGGCGUCUUUCGGAGACAGGCACUCGAUCGUGGAGCGGCGCGUUUGGGUAUCAAGCAUAUCGUUACGGGCCAUAAUGCAGAUGAUGUCGCAGAAACCGUCAUGAUGAAUUUGUUGAGGGGCGAUUUACCGCGUUUGUCGAGGGGGACGAGUAUUGUUACAGGCCAGGAUAGUACGGAUAUGAAGCGGAGCAAACCCCUCAAAUAUGCAUACGAGAAGGAGAUUGUCUUGUAUGCGCAUCACAAGAAACUGGAUUAUUUCAGUACGGAGUGUAUAUAUUCGCCCGAGGCGUUCCGUGGGAGUGCGCGAACACUUAUCAAGGAUCUGGAGAAGAUACGACCAAGCUCUAUACUUGAUAUUGUCAGAAGUGGUGAGGAUAUGGCGUUGUUGGUGCCGGCGGAAGUCAGCGGCAGUGGCAAGACUCAAGCCUCUUCCACCGUCGAUGCGGAUGAUUACUCGACUGGAGGAUGCGGUAAUCAUAAUGGCCGGUCUAGCGGCGGUGAAAUGGCAGCAAUGGAAAAGCAACUUGCGGCAAACGAGGCAGCUGAAGAUCAUGAAAUUGAGAUAACAUUACCAAAACCGCAGUCGAGCAAUAGGCCCAGGAAGGCACCACAAGUCAAAGGAAAAAUGAUCCGGGUUCAAAAUAUUGGCAAAUGCGAGCGUUGUGGAUAUAUUUCGAGCCAAAAGGUCUGCAAGGCGUGCACAUUGCUCGAUGGGUUGAAUAAGAAUCGGCCCAAGACUUCGAUUGAGGUUGGAUAUGAGGAGGAAGAGAGUAGCUCGACGUUGAUGCGGCAGAUGGAAAUUGUUCAGCUGACAUCUGUCAUCAACGAUCAAGACGUCCGGCUUAGUCUGAAUUCCACAGCGCCAUAUCACCUAGAUGGCAGGCCGGCGCAACUAUCUGGACGAUGCUUCCAACCGCCGAGCCUUUAUCGCGAUGCAGACGAAGCACUGCAAGUAUAUCCCUCUCGAUUCGUCAAGGGGCGUACGGAUUGUAACGGACCAACGUAA